CUAAUUCACGGAUUUUGUUUCGCCACUGCGGAUUUCAGCUCAUUUUGUCGUUCAUAGUAUAUAAAUAAAACUAAAUAGUAUGUAUAUGUGAGAUGUUAUAUGCGUGUAUCAUAUAUGUUGUAGUGUUUUAUAACUCGUCGAUCCAAAGUUUUUAUAGCCAAUGUUCAAAUAUUAUUUUAAUCAAGAAGUCACGUCUAAAACUCAGAGUUCAGGUACGCGGAUUAGACUGUCCCCUGUGACGUUAGAACUUCAACCAUUGUUGUUGCACUUUUUCUACACAGCGUUGUCAAGGCCGUGAAAAGGAAAAAAUAUCGGAAACAGGGAAAAUGAAUAAAACUAAAAAGCAGCAAAUUAAGAUGCCUCUUCGUCCCAAGUCUCCUGGCAGUCUUUUAAUUGACCCUGAUGAACAGUUUGGACGAAUUCAAGGACCAUGUGUGAAAAUAAACAAUGAUGCCUUUAACAGACCAGGAUGCAGAAGGAUCUGCAGGACAGAGGAUCGAGUUCGACACAGAAUCCAUGACAGGUCCGAAGAAAGAGCGCGGAGCAAAUCGCGGGAUAGAGCCAAGAAAACAGCCAUGAAAACUGGUCAAGAAGCUGGAGACAAGAUAGCAAGUACACAAGAUGAGGUGACCAGUCUUGAGGAUGUCGACAUCGAUCAGAUGCUCAGUGGAGACUGGAAUCUCUUUGAUGAGAUCGCUCAACACUUCCGCCAGUCCAACGAGUAUGGAGACUUGGUGCACAUAUUUGAUAAACAAGUAAUUGAUGCACCCCGAAAAGCUACUAAACAAGAGGAAAUACUGGACCAGUUAACGGUAGCAGGUGAACACAUGGGCCAGUUUGGAGAAAAGCUGGAGGUGUGUGAGACUGGUCUGAAGGUGUGCACCAACGACCUUGCCGUGUUCAGAGAAGACAUAUUGGAACUGGGCAUGGUUCACGACACUCAAGUACAGCAGCAGAAGAAAAGGCACACGAGGCAGACAAAUGAGAUUAAGACUCUAGAAAAGAGUGUGGAAAAAAUAAGUGGAGAGCGUGAAAACAUGAUGAAGAAGUUGAGUCUGAUUAACCAAGCGGAAACCAAUGAUGCCAUCAUUGAUGCCUACCAGAGGUUCAAUGCCAUGCUGACUGAGCUGAAAGUGGCCACUCAAAAGAACAAGAAAACCGUUGAGAAUUGGAACAUAAAUACGACCCAUGUGGCUCAGCACAUCAGAAUGGAGAUGAAGAUGUUUGAGGCACGUAAUGCGAAUCUGGAAACGGACAUGAGAAAACUGUUUGCAGAACACCAGCGCUUGAUGUCGCUCCUGUCAAGUGGAGACCACUCCAAGUGCAGAGAAAAGGUGCUGCAAAAAAAGCAGCAAGGGAAAGCGAGAGACAAGGUCGAGUGGAAACCGAACCCAAGACAGAAGAUGCCCGAUGAGAGGCACGACUGGAGGAAGUCAUGUCACGGCAAGUCCCUGUACGGCAAGAAGGACCUUGAGGAGACCGUCCCCGACUGGGAGCAGAAGAUCAAGGAGAUGAGGCAGAUGGCCAUGCACGACAGUUUGUGCCACAAACACCAGCCGGAUGGCCUGCAGCAGCCCUACACCAUGGACCGGGAGUGGAAGAAGCAGCAUCCCGAGUGGGAGCGUGAGAAGCAGCAGGCGGAGGAGUGGGACCGCGAGAAGCAGCAGGAGCUGAGGGACCUGCAGCCAACCAGUCUGAUGCUGGAACCCAUCGACAUGUACCGGGAUGAGCACAGCCUCCAGCUCCACCUAACAUCCGACAAGGCCAAGGGCAAGGCUGCAAAACAGGUCAAGGUUACAAUGGAUGAGAACGAGUAUAAGAUGAUGAAGUACAGGGAGUGGUUUGAAGAGGACUUCCGACAGAGAAGAUCUUCGCUGAAGGAAAGGAUUCAGCAGAUGUCCACCAAAAUACAAGGAAUGAAGGACAUGUAAUUCUUGCGUUGUUAUUCAGGCCUGAAAGUGUGAACGUGGAUUGCUGACCACCUGGAGAUCUGUUCACAGCUAACCUUGAAUACACUGCAACUUUGGUUUGCUAGUUUUUUUUUAUGAGACUUAAUUUUAGUAAUAUCUUUUAGUACAUGUCUUAAUCAUGUUUUAAUUUGUAAUAUUUUUAGAUUUUUAGUUGUGUUUUUUUCUAUUAUCAACAUUUUAUAUAUACUAUAUUUUGAGAUAGAAUAUGUUGUAGCUUGUUUGGCAUUGUUCAUUAAGCUUACAAUAUAUUUAUGCAGUUACAGAGGUCUUGUUUCCAAUACCUUUUUUUAAUGGUGUAUCGUCAAAAGUCUUGGAUACUUUGGUUCCAUGACCAGGCUGAAGAUAGAGCAAUAUUCUGUUUCAAGAAACGAGUCUCAGAAAAAAAAUUAAUUAAAAAAUUAAUAUAUCAAUCAGAAUACUUAAACAAAUCACAUGAUCUACCUGUCAAAAUACCUAUGCUAAAAUCUCUGUUCUGCUGCAAUAAAUUUAGAAUGUUUCCCCAAUUCAUUGAAAUGAAAUUUGAAUAAUCAUCAGCAUCAUGUUUGGAGCGAAGCUGUUCCAGGGCUGUAUCUAGAUAAAAAUAACAGGUGGGGGAGGGGUGCGGGCAGUAACGAAAGAGCCAAGGCUCAGUGAUGCUAAAUAAGAAUAACAGGUGGGGAGGGGUGCAGGCAGUAAUGAAAGAGCCAAGGCUCAGUGAUGCUAAAUAAGAAUAACAGGUGGGGAAGGGUGCGGGCAGUAACGAAAGAGCCAAGGCACAGUGAUGCUAAAUAAGAAUAACAGGUAGGGGAGGGGUGCGGGCAGUAACGAAAGAGCCAAGGCACAGUGAUGUAGGGUCUCCUUCAGCUGGACGAAACAGGGGCAUUUUUAGACUCGUCAAGUCUCUUUGUCAUUGUCAGGCUGGAGGGGUGGGUGGGUGAGGUGGUAGUCCUCUUGUCCAAUUCUACCCGCUAUAUUUAUACGUUUUUCAUUAGAUUACUGUAGUCUAUAAUAGACUGUAUGUCUGUCUUUGUUUAAAGUUUCUGAAAUUUCACAAAAUCAUUCAGGUUAAGUUUCAUCAAUGGUGGCGUCAAGAUAAUCGUGUAUGUAAUCAAAUUGUUUAAGUACUCCAGACUUUAUGAAAAUAAUGUAAACAAAAAUUUGUUCAACACUUUAUUUUAUUAUUUAAAUUUUUGCUGUUAUUUCUUGGUAUGGCAUAUAUUAAUAAAUUUGGAGUUUAUUUUGAAAAUACUUAAUGUCUAGUACAUUGUUGUAAUUGAAUAUAUCGUCUAUAUACAUGUAUAUGUCUGUUGUAAAUAUUAUAUAUGGUCAUCAGUAUUUUUAGAUUUGUUUUGCCAUUUACAUUUUUAUUUGUUAUAUGAUUCCAGCUGGCAUGUCGUGAAUUGUAACUUGGUAAUUAAUUUAUAUCUUUAUGUAUCAUGUGAAGACGUCCAUUUUACUGUAUUAUUUUUUGUCAACCACAUUGCUUAUUUUGUAGUUGUCGGCUAACUGUGUUACAUAUUUGUUUUUCAGUCCUAUACACUGUAUUUUAGAUGAUUUACCUGUAGAAUGUGUACAGUUGGUUUAUAUAUAGGGCUUUAUGUCUACACAUUAAUUAUAAGUGAAUACAGUGUGUUUGAGAUACUGUUUCUUGGAGAUGGUGUGAUGUGUAAUAAUUAUAAGUUAGUGUUUCUUGGAGAUGGUGUGAUGUGUAAUAAUUAUAAGUGAAUACAGUGUGUUUGAGAUACUGUUUCUUGGAGAUGGUGUGAUGUGUAAUAAUUAUAAGUUAGUGUUUCUUGGAGAUGGUGUGAUGUGUAAUAAUUAUAAGUGAAUACAGUGUAUUUGAGAUAGUGUUUCUUGGAGAUGGUGUGAUGUGCAAUAAUUAUAGUGAAUGCAAUGUGUUUGAGAUAGUGUUUCUUGGAGAUUGUGUGAUGUGUAAUAAUUAUAGUGAAUGCAAUGUGUUUGAGAUAGUGUUUCGUGGAGAUGGUGUGUUGUGUAAUAAUUAUAAGUGAAUACAAUGUGUUUGAGAUAGUGUUUCGUGGAGAUGGUGUGUUGUGUAAUAAUUAUAAGUGAAUACAAUGUGUUUGAGAUAGUGUUUCGUGGAGAUGGUGUGUUGUGCAAUAAUUAUAAGUGAAUGCAGUGUGUUUGAGAUAGUGUUUCGUGGAGAUGGUGUGUUGUGCAAUAAUUAUAAGUGAAUGCAGUGUGUUUGAGAUGGUGUUUCUUGGAGAUUGUGUGAUGUGUAAUAAUUAUAAGUGAAUACAAUGUGUUUGAGAUAGUGUUUCGUGGAGAUGGUGUGUUGUGCAAUAAUUAUAAGUGAAUACAAUGUGUUUGAGAUAGUGUUUCGUGGAGAUGGUGUGUUGUGCAAUAAUUAUAAGUGAAUGCAGUGUGUUUGAGAUAGUGUUUCUUGGAGAUUGUGUGAUGUGUAAUAAUUAUAAGUGAAUACAAUGUGUUUGAGAUAGUGUUUCGUGGAGAUGGUGUGUUGUGCAAUAAUUAUAAGUUAGUGUUUCUUGGAGAUUGUGUGAUGUGUAAUAAUUAUAAGUGAAUACAAUGUGUUUGAGAUAGUGUUUCGUGGAGAUGGUGUGUUGUGCAAUAAUUAUAAGUGAAUGCAGUGUGUUUGAGAUAGUGUUUCGUGGAGAUGGUGUGUUGUGCAAUAAUUAUAAGUGAAUACAAUGUGUUUGAGAUAGUGUUUCUUGGAGAUGGUGUGAUGUGCAAUAAUUAUAGUGAAUGCAAUGUAUUUGAGAUAGUGUUUCGUGGAGAUGGUGUGAUGUGUAAUAAUUAUAAGUGAAUACAAUGUGUUUGAGAUAGUGUUUCGUGGAGAUGGUGUGUUGUGUAAUAAUUAUAAGUGAAUACAAUGUGUUUGAGAUAGUGUUUCGUGGGGGUGGGUGGGGGGGGGGGGGGGGGGGGGGGGGGGGGGGGGGGAACAAAAUUGUAAGUUUCUGUCAGACUAUAUAAAUAAGGAUAAAACUAUGGCUUGUGAUCCCCACAACUCCAGAUAUGGUUCCUACGGGCCUGUGCUGAACAAGUCAGUAUUGAAAAUAGUAUUUGCAUGUAAAGGUUUUGUUUUCUUAAUAUUUUAUUGGUAUUAUGCAAAUGUAUACUAUUUGAAAAAAAUAAAUUUGUUCAAUAAAAUAUGUUUUACAAGACCA